GCAACUUAGCGCUAUACCGACUUUUGUUGUAUCCCAAACAACUGAAACCUUCCCUGGGCCAGCGAGGGGUGAUAACGACGCGGCGCCCCCUCCCCACACCGACUCUUCCAUCCUCUCCUCCAUUGACCGUCUGCCAGCUGUUCACCGCUACUUGUCCAUCGAAACCCGCAUUCCCAUCAUGGUGUCGUUCUCCUGCGAGGGCUGUGGAGACGUCCUCACAAAGAAGAAGCUUGACGGCCACCGCAACCAAUGCUAUGGCGCGUCCUUUACCUGCCUCGACUGCAUGGUGCACUUCCCUGGAACUUCUUACAAAUCCCACACGGCCUGCAUAACCGAAGACCAAAAGUACCAGGGCAAACUCUACAAAGAGAAGAAGAAGGGUCCGCAGCAGAAGCGAGACAGCGCCUACCAUGACAACUCGCAAGCACUCACUCCCCACAACGCCUACGUCGAAGACGCGCGCGACGAUGGCAACGCCGUCGCAGUCGUGGAUGCCCCGCCUCGCGCACCCACUCCUCCGCCAGCGGCGCAUUCUCUAGGCUAUCAUGAGCAAGCCGCGAUUGAAGCGCCCAAUGUCUUCGAUUUCCUGGACCCCUCCUCGACGCCCAAUGUUCCGAGAACGACCACGCACAUCGAUGAAGCGCGUAUGCUCGAAGACAGUCAGCCGCCCGCAUACGACGAGCAGUACCUGCCCGCAAUCGCAGACGUCAUGAAGUUCCAGGUAGCCGAUGACGACGAGUCCUUCGCACAGAACGGAUUCUCGUACGGGACUGAGCAAGUUCGCCCUUCCCGUGAGCGUUACGACUCGUACGCCACGCCUGCUCCCAAGUCGAAGCACAACAGGACAAAGUCGGGCGAUACCGAUGUGGAGACGACGUCGAAGAAGACCGAUCGCAAGCGCAAGCGCAAUUCGCCCAGCGAACUCGAUAUGUCGGCCAUCCGCGCCCAAGAGGAAAGGGAUACUACAAUGGCCGAUGCCCCCGCGAUGCUCCACUCUGGUCUUACUGGAGGACUGAACAGACUCCUUGCCCGCCCUGAGUUCCCACCUUCGCCAGAUGACUCAGGUGACUACGUCAACUCGCCUUUGAGCCCGAUGAAACGCGUUAAGCAGGGCAACUCCAAGGCUCUUAUGCGCGCGCAGCGAGAAUACGAGGCAGAACAAACAAAGCAGCGCAAGGCUGACAUCAAGGCACGCGAGCAAGCAGAGAAGAAGGAGAAGGAGAAGGAGAAGGACAGAGGCCGCGAUCGUGACCGAAAGGAGCUCAAGGAGCGUAAGGAGCGCAAGGCCAACACUGCUCUUGUGAAGAUCAGGCCCAAGAAGAAGCGGGAAGAUUCUACCACGGAGGUUCGUCGCAUCCGCCGCCGCCAAUACUCGUCCUCUGUGUCACCAGCACCACGAGAGCGCAAGCCCAUGAAGGCCAUUGAGUACCACCGUUCGCCAACAAACUCCCCGGAGCCAAAUGGUCAAGGCCAGCUCAUUGUGCGCCCUAGUGGAGACGUCGCACAUGCCUCGUCAGACUUCGAUGCGCGCGCGGGGCUGUUCAUGUCCUUCAUCACCAAGGGACCAGACUCUGAGCGCGGUAUGAGUGUCAACAAGGCUCUGAAACGAUACCAUCGCGAGCGUUCCGAGCAGCGCGAUCGUGCGCCCUCCAAGGCGGAAGAGGAGAAAGAGCUCUGGAAGGACCUGCGCCUCAGAAGGAACGACAGAGGCGAGAUCGUCUUAUUCUUCGCUCCCGCCGAGGCUUCCUGACUAGACGGGGAUCCGGAUCUGGACAUCAUCAUCCGCAUGCGCGCGUGGUCCUGUUCUGAUCCGACACCCAGUCAGGGAUCUGACGACAUGAUCGAUGUCUGACAAAAUUGGGGAGAAAAGAGCCUCGUCGAGGCUCGGAGUAGUUUGGCGAUCGGCCUUUGUACGAUACCAGUCUGCUUCACAUAUUUCUUCCUUUUAGAUGAUACCCGACGUCAAGUCAACGGUUGUUUCGGGUGGGCUCGGUAUGCAUGUACUCGUACAUGUCUUGUUCUGGACUUGGUUCCUCCUGUUGUACUUUCUACAUUCGUAUGUCCUACUGUUCGCAUAUACGUACUCUUACGGCCGUCUUCUGUUUGCGUUGCUUGUUUUGGUAUCUUUUGGCCAAAUCACCUGCCCUAAUACUCCCUUGGGCUGGACCCGCUCCGUCCCUCGGCGUUGGGUCCUUCAAUAUGAAUUAUGUCAACAUUACUGCA